AUUCAAUCCUAUUCUCAGAGCAACAUUCCAGGAUUCAAGUCACUUGCAGUUUCUUCCUGAGACAAGAUGGCGCCUCCAUCUAAGAAGUCGCGCAAGUUGCUGGAUGAUAGCUCCAGCGACUCGGAAGAUGAAUCUGGUGGCGUUCCUAUCAGCAACGAGGAUGUCGUUUUCAAGAUCAAUGAGGAUUACGCUCGUCGCUUUGAGCAUAAUAAGAAGAGAGAAGAGAUGCAGCAACUGGAGUCAAAGCUAGGCAAGUCUUCGGUACUUGGCAAACGUCGUGAUCGUGACGGGGAAGAUGAGGAUUCCGAUGAAGAGUCAUCAUCGGAUGAAGAAGAGGACGAUUUCGGAGAGCUGGCUACUGAGGCUGUGGAUGUUGAAAUCAUGGACACUAUCAAGGCGAUCCGAUCCAAAGACCCUCGCGUGUACGACCCGAAUGCCAAGUUCUUCACUAAACUCGACGAGGAGCAACCACAGAACACAGAGAAGAAGGAGAAGCCAAUGACCCUGCGCGAUUAUCACCGAGAGAACCUACUCAGCGGCGCCAACUUGGCCGACGAGGAAGACACGAGCAGUGCUCCUAAAACAUAUGCCCAAGAGCAGGCCGACCUGAAGAACGCCAUUGUCAAGGAGGUGCACGCUGCUGUUGGUGACGAGGAUGCGUCCGAGGAGGACGAGGAAGAUGAAUUCCUUGUCGCUAAAUCCAAGCCCGAGUCUUUCCCCGAAGCUAAGACUGAUGCAAACCUGGACAUUGAGAAUGCGGACAAGGAUCCGGAGACGUUCUUGUCAAACUUCCUGUCAGCAAGGGCAUGGAUUCCGGCUGGCCGAUCGGAGCUGCAGCCAUUCGAGUCCGACGACGAGGAAGAGGACGAGCGGGCGGAGGCAUUCGAGGAGGCAUACAAUUUCCGCUUUGAGGAUCCCAGCAAGAUGAAUGCUACUCUCAUGACGCAUUCUCGUGACGCUACCAACCAGCAGUCUGUCCGCAGAGAGGAAAAGAGCAUGAGAAAGAAGCGCAGAGAUGCGGAGCGAGAGCAGAAAGAGCAGGAAAAGAAACAGCGCGAAAUUGAGAAGAACCGACUUCGCAAGCUGAAGAUGGAAGAACUGCAGGAGAAGGUUGAGAAGAUCAAGGAGGUUGCCGGCAUCCAUGGAACUGAGUUGACGGAUGAAGAUUGGGUCCGCUUCUUGGACGAUGCUUGGGAUGAUAAGGAUUGGGAGGCCGAAAUGCAGAAACGAUUCGGCGAGGACUACUAUGCCGAAACUGGACCCGAUGGCAAGAAGCACCCCAAGAAGCCCACAUGGGACGAUGAUAUCGAUAUCAAGGAUCUCGUGCCAGACUUCGAUGAGGAGGAAGAGGUGCCCGCUGUGGCCGAUUCGGACGUUGAAAUGGCGGAUGAGCAGGAGGGAGAGAAGAAGAAGAGCAAGGCGCAGGAGAGGAGAGAUCAGAAGCGCGAAUUCCGCAAGGAUCGCAUGCGUAUCGAGGAAGCCGUGGACCGCAAUCUGGACCUGGAUAUCAGCUUGCUUCCUGGAGCUACCAAGAAGAACGCAACCGGAUUCCGUUACCGCGAGACCUCGCCUCAAAGCUUUGGGCUUACUUCUCGGGAUAUUCUCAUGGCCGAUGACAACCAACUCAACCAGUUUGCAGGCCUGAAGAAACUUGCGUCAUUCCGUGACCCGGAGAAGAAGUACAAGGACCAAAGGAAGUUGGGCAAGAAGGCUCGCCUUAGGCAAUGGCGCAAGGACACCUUUGGUGAUGAAGAAGGCCCCAGAAUCUCCGAUGAGGCUCCCAAGGCCCCUGCGGCAGACCAGGAAGAUGUGGGCAAGGUUGAUAUCCGCGAUGGUGAGCCCAGGAAGAAGAAGAGAAAGAGGUCGAAGAAGCACUAAAUGCUUUAACCGAGCUACAGUCUUGAGCAUGUAUGUCCUUACAAGAUCGUUGUCUUGUCUUGAAUGGUUUCAGUUCAGAAAAGUUCUUAGCGAUACAUCCGUGUUUUGAUAGAUUUUAGAUGCAAGAUAUACCUACUUCGUUGCAUAUGGCUGUAAACAUCGCAUUGGACAAGC